AUGGCUACCGAAGACACACCACCUGUCGCUGCCCCUGCAGCCGCUGCUGCCGACCCCGUGGUCGAGACUACAAACACCGAAUCCAACGAUACGGCGGACAAUGGCGACCGGAGCGACGACCGAGGCCAGAAGAGAGGUGGUGGAAGAGGCCGCGACAACAACAGAAACCCAAACCGGGACAGAGGAAACCCAAACAACAUCAAAACGGGAGGCUUUGGGAGCAACAAAAGAGACUUCAUGAGCAAGCGCGACCAAGUCCAGGACAACCGUGCUGCCAAGCGCCGCAAGGUUAUCGACGGAGCCGCCGACGGUAACAGUUACAUGAGCAUCCCCUUCUCGACCGACGAAAUCGCCGCCGAGGAACGUCGACCCAAGCGCAAGGUUGCCGUCCUGAUCGGCUACGCUGGUACCGGCUACCACGGAAUCCAGAUCAACCACAAGGAGAAGACCAUUGAGGGCGAUCUGUUCGCCGCCUUCGUCAAGGCCGGUGCCAUCUCCAAGGCCAAUGCCGACGACCCCAAGAAGUCCAGUCUCGUUCGAUGCGCCCGUACCGACAAGGGCGUCCACGCCGCCGCCAACGUCUUGUCGCUCAAGCUUAUCGUCGAGGACGAGGACAUUGUCGAGAAGAUCAACAGCCACCUCCCAGACCAGAUCAAGGUUUGGGGUAUUCAGCGUGUUACCAACGGUUUCAGCUGCUACCAAGCAUGCGAUUCCAGAUGGUACGAAUACCUCAUGCCCAGCUAUGCUCUUCUGCCGCCUCAACCACAAAGUUUCCUCGGCAAGAAGAUCAUCGACGCGGCCAAGGAGAAGGGCACAUACGACGAGUACGUGGACAGACUGGACGACGUCAAGAACUUCUGGGAGGAGGUUGAGAAGAACGACAUCCAGCCCAUUCUCGAGAAGAUGGAUCCCGAGAUCAGAGCCGAAGUCAUUCGCAUUUUGCACGACACUGCCGACCAAGAGCUUACCGACGACGGAGAGCCCUCGAAGCCCGAUACCGAUGUUGUCAGCAAGGAUGUCGAGAUGAAGGAUACCCCGGCGGAAGAGACCACGGCUACCGAGCCCUCGAAAGACGGCGAGGCUGCUGCCACCGAAAUCACCACCACCGAAGCCACCGAGGCCACCACCGAGACUCAACCCCCCGCUCCCAAGGCCGAGCGCGAGUUCACCCCCGUCGAGCUCGCUGUCCGCGAAGUUAAAGCCGCCUAUGUCGCCGCCAAGCGUCGCUACCGCGUUACCCCCGCUCGCCUCGAGAAGCUGCAAGAAGCGCUCAACCAGUAUCUCGGCACUCACAACUUCCAUAACUACACCAUCCUCAAGUCACAUACCGACCCGUCCGCUCGUCGUCACAUCAAGUCCUUCCAAGUGAACCCUACACCAAUCCGCAUCAACGACACCGAGUGGCUGUCGCUCAAGGUCCACGGCCAGAGCUUCAUGAUGCACCAGAUCCGCAAGAUGGUGGCCAUGGCUGUACUUAUCGUGCGGUGCGGUGCGCCCAUGUCUCUGAUUAACGAGAGCUACGGUCCCCGCAGGAUUAGCAUCCCGAAGGCUCCUGGGCUCGGUCUGAUGCUGGAGAGGCCGGUGUUUGAUGUCAGCAACAAGAAGUUCAAGGAGCUGGGGAGGGAGCCGAUUGAUUUUGGCAAGUGGGAUGAGCAGAUUCAGAAGUUUAAGGAUGAACAUAUUUAUAAGCGCAUGUUUGAGUUGGAGGAGAAGGAGAAUUCGUUCCACCUCUUCUUCAACCAGAUCGAUAACUUUCGCACUGAUUACUUCCUCUGGGUCACGCCCGGCGGUAUCGAGGCGUCGCAUGAGCGGUCGGAUCGCACGGCCGAGAAGAUACCCAAGGCUUUGCAGGCCGAGCUUGGCGAUGAGGCUGAUGGCGUUGCUGAGGAUGGGUCGUCGAAUUAG